AUGGAAGAUGCUGAGGUUGUGUGCAGGCAGCUUGGCUGCGGAUCACCCCUUGGAGUGAUGCACGAUUUCCCUUCGAGCGACUCAUACCCGUACUUCAUCACGGAGGUGAAUUGUGCAGGGUAUGAAGACAAUUUGUUGCAGUGCCCCUACAGCUACCAGUACUAUGUCUGUCAUCAUGGAGAUGCUUCUGUCAUAUGCUCAGACUCAGGACUAACAGUGCCUCGACGAGCAGUGAGAGCUAUCUUCAGCGUGACAACCCCCAUGCCAUGGACCACAGGGACAGGCUCCUGUGGUGGCUUACUGCAGGGUCUGUGGGGCUCCAUCGAGAGCCCGGGCUACCCCAACUCCUACCCCAACAACGCCCACUGCGUGUGGCACAUUCGGCUGUGGGACCCGGCCCGCAGAGUGGAGCUCCGCUUUUCGGAUGUGGAGCUGGAAGGCAGCAACUGCUCCUACGAUGCCAUCGAGGUGUUCGACGGCGGGCCCCUCGGGGGGCCGCUCCUGGGCACUGUUUGCACCAACACCUCUCGAGUCUUCACAUCCUCCGGGCACCAGCUCUCCGUCCUGUUUCGCAGUGACUUCAGCAUCACCAGGAGAGGUUUCCUGGCCUACUACUCCUCAUUUCUUGCCUUCAACAGCACUGCAGAACCAGGUAAUUCCAGCUGGGUGACCACAGGGACAUGGACCUCAGGGUCUGUGGGGCUCCAUCGAGAGCCCGGGCUAACCCCCAACUCCUACCCCAACAACGCCACUGCGUGUGGCACAUUCGGCUGCGGACCCGGCCCGCAGAGUGGAAGCUCCGCUUUUUCGGAUGUGGAAGUGAGUCCUGGCAGGGGGGCUUGGCUGUGGCUGGAAGGCAGCAACUGCUCCUACGAUGCCAUCGAGGUGUUCGACGGCGGGCCCCUCGGGGGGCCGCUCCUGGGCACUGUUUGCACCAACACCUCUCGAGUCUUCACAUCCUCCGGGCACCAGCUCUCCGUCCUGUUUCGCAGUGACUUCAGCAUCACCAGGAGAGGUUUCCUGGCCUACUACUCCUCAUUUCUUGCCUUCAACAGCACUGCAGAUCCAGGUAAUUCCAGCUGGGUGACCACAGGGACAUGGACCUCAGGGACAGGCUCCUGUGGUGGCUUACUGCAGGGUCUGUGGGGCUCCAUCGAGAGCCCGGGCUACCCCUACUCCUACCCCAACAACGCCCACUGCGUGUGGCACAUUCGGCUGUGGGACCCGACCCGCAGAGUGGAGCUCCGCUUUUCGGAUGUGGAGCUGGAAGGCAGCAACUGCUCCUACGAUGCCAUCGAGGUGUUCGACGGCGGGCCCCUCGGGGGGCCGCUCCUGGGCACUGUUUGCACCAACACCUCUCGAGUCUUCACAUCCUCCGGGCACCAGCUCUCCGUCCUGUUUCGCAGUGACUUCAGCAUCACCAGGAGAGGUUUCCUGGCCUACUACUCCUCAUUUCUUGCCUUCAACAGCACUGCAGAACCAGGUAAUUCCAGCUGGGUGACCACAGGGACAUGGACCUCAGGGACAGGCUCCUGUGGUGGCUUACUGCAGGGUCUGUGGGGCUCCAUCGAGAGCCCGGGCUACCCCUACUCCUACCCCAACAACGCCCACUGCGUGUGGCACAUUCGGCUGUGGGACCCGGCCCGCAGAGUGGAGCUCCGCUUUUCGGAUGUGGAGCUGGAAGGCAGCAACUGCUCCUACGAUGCCAUCGAGGUGUUCGACGGCGGGCCCCUCGGGGGGCCGCUCCUGGGCACUGUUUGCACCAACACCUCUCGAGUCUUCACAUCCUCCGGGCACCAGCUCUCCGUCCUGUUUCGCAGUGACUUCAGCAUCACCAGGAGAGGUUUCCUGGCCUACUACUCCUCAUUUCUUGCCUUCAACAGCACUGCAGCACCAGGUACUUCCAACUGGACAACCACCGUGACACCAACCUCAGAAGAUUACUCUUGUGGUGGCUUGCUUUCCUCUUCAUCUGGUAGAUUUCAGAGUCCAUUUUACCCCCAAAAUUAUCCAAACAAUGCCAACUGUGUGUGGGAAAUAGAAGUAAAGAGCAACUUCCUUGUCACACUUAGAUUUGAAGAUAUUCAAAUGGAAGGUGGCAGAUGCCUCUCUGACUACAUAGAAGUUUAUGACGGGCCCCUUCACACCUCUCCUCUCCUUGGGAAGUUCUGUUCUGGUUAUUAUCGCACAUACACGUCCUCCUCAAACCUGAUGACUGUCCGAUUCCACAGCAACUCUCGAUACACAUACAGAGGGUUUCAGGCCUACUAUUACUCCACUAUAGCAGAUUCAAGCACUACACUGCUGUGUUUGCCAGACUACAUGCAUGUAGUUGUGAGCAGAUACUUCCUUCAGUCCCAUGGCUAUUCUGUUUGGAAUCUCACCCUGAAUGACCCCCUUUGCACACCCAACAUCACAUCAGAGGCUGUUGUAUUCGACAUUCCCUACACUCGCUGCGGCACAGUCAGAGAGGGAAACAACAACACAAUCACCUAUUCCAACGUUAUUAAAGGGUCCUCUUCCGGUUCUGUAAUCACAAGAAACAGAAAUCUUCACCUGCAUGUCAACUGCAAGAUGCUCGAGGACACGUGGGCACAAACGAUGUACGUGGCGGACAACAAUUUUGAAGUCAAUGAAACUCAGUACAGCAGAUACGAUGUGAACCUCACGUUUUAUGACUCUUCAUACUUCUCACGGCCGGUGUACGACUCGCCAUACUAUGUCCAUAUCAACCAGAACUUGUUCCUUCAAGCCUACCUGCACAGCUCUGAUCCAAACCUGGUGCUAUUUCUGGACACGUGCGUGGCAUCUCCAGCUCCUCAUAACUCUACGGCAGUAACCUAUGAUAUAAUCAGGAAUGGGUGUGCUCGAGAUUCUACCUAUGCUGCAUAUUAUUCACCCCACAGACACAUCCUGCGCUUUACAUUCGCGGCCUUCCAGUUUGUUUGGGGCGACCCAGUGGUUUACCUGCGGUGUGAACUGGUGGUGUGCAGGGCCUAUGACUACUCUUCCAGGUGCUACCAAGGCUGUAUUAACAGGCCCAAGAGAGAGGCAAGCUCUGGCCUAGAAAGUGUGAUUGUUAUUGCUGGCCCAAUACAGCUUCGGGAACCUGGUUCUGAGAAUAGGAAUGAACCUGAAUCUAAAUAAAACUGUCUCCUUUGACAGAUAGAUCUUUAAAUGCCAACUGAAUUCUGAAAGAAACUGUGUUGCUAGAUUACCAGAAGCUCUAGAAUAAACAUUAGGAAUAUG